UGUGAUGUAUGAACUGAAGACUAAUGACGCAAUCUUCAUGAGCAGCCUUGUACGCAUGCGCGACAGAGAGCAAGAUGGCGUAACAUUAAAUGGCAGACACUACUCUACAUCGCUGUGCUAUUAUCUCAUUAUUAUGUAUCCCUUUAAGAACCACAACACGAGAACAUAACAAUUUGGCGACGAGGAUGCAGGGAUAAAAAUGAGAGUAUAGAUUGGACUUGAUUUCCAGUAAGUGACAUGCAUUGCGGAUAGCUUUUGGAAAUUAGCCGCGGAUAUUGUCAUUGAUACACUGCACUGCAGAGCAUAGUGUGAUCGGUCAAUCGCAGCCUAGCCGUAAUUUGGAUGACGGAUGAAUGUGGCUUGUUGAAAUGAACGCUUUGCAGAAGCCUCACACCGCUCAUGCCAGCCUAUGUUGAGACCGAGUUAUGUAGUGUCUACAGCCCAUAGCAUAGGCAUAACAUUGACAAUUGUUGUAAAUUAUUGCCUAGCCCUAGAUGUUACUGGUAGUUGACAUUGGACUAUUGACAUAGCAAAUUGGAGCCAACUUCAAGCCCGAAGUCUCCAAAGCAGCCCAGCCCAGCAGCAAGCAACAGAGCCCAAGGACCAAGCCGAUCGAGGACCCAGCCGAGACCUCUUUUGCCAGGUUCAGCCCAGACGGUGUUGCAUUCAUUAGUCAAGUCCAGCCAAGCAAGUUUUGAGUCUGCAAGCCAGGACAAAGUUGUCGUGCCAAGAAGACUCAAUACAAAUUCAAGCCAAGCUGCAUAAUUAAUGAAUGAAACAGAAACAAAACAUCAAAGACUUUAAAGACUUUUUGAUGGACUUAUUAUGAAUAAUAAUAAACACAGCAUUUAUUUAUUAUGUACCGUGACUUAAUCAAAGACUAAAGGUAAGAUUAAGACAAAUUAGUCCAGGUCCAAAAAUACAUUAUAUGGUUGUAAUUGCAACGUGUUGGACUAAAGAAUUGGUCGAAACAUAGAUCUGGUCUAAUGUAACAAAGUACCGUACAUGCCCUGGUGAGUUGUUACACUGUCACUGGUCCAAUUAAUUAGGUAGUAUUUAGAUUUAGGUCAUUAAAAUAGCAAUUAUAGAUCUAGGUCUAGAACCAUCAGGACCAAGCCCAAGACUGAAUUGAGAUCUGAUGUUUAUACAGUAAAUAACGAUAAACUUAAGCCGAGUUUAUGCCGUAGUCAUAUAGCAAAUUGGUCCAGUCAACUGGUCUAAGACUAUGCAAGUAGGAUCAGGCCUAUGAAAUUUAGGACCAACAAGAAGUUCCAGGUCUAAAAAAAAAACAGGACUAGGUCUAAUCAGUUGUAGGACUAUAACUUAGGCCCAAAGUGUUGAUCGAUUAUAGUCUAAGACUUAGCAAUUAGGACCAGGACCCAGUGCCUAUAUUUGCUAUGCAAUUGAAUAACUGCAGCCCCACGACAUGGGAGUAGUCCCACAUAUACCAGUUGUGUGUAGUGAUAUAGUAUUGUCAAUCGUUGGACUAUAUAUGUCGUUCUAGCUUUGUUUCAGGUAUACAAUAAUGCUUUGUAUAGGCAUUAUGUACUAAGAAAAUAAGCUUUGCUUACGCGCAAUUGCAAGAUCAAAAUCAUAUUUUAUGAUCAAUAAGUCUUGAUAUACUUAGUGUUACAGCUACCUAUUGUGUAGUCACAAUCAAGUUAACAGCUGAAUUUUGUACAACAUAUGAAUCAAAAUUAUGGCAAGCCAACAUAUAGGUAGUGUGCCCAAACUGAGUGAUGGGUACAAUUUUGACGAAUGGCUUGAACUCCUAGAAGCAUGGUUUGAUGCUAACAAUAUACAGGAAGAUGGGAAAAGAAGGGCAAUAUUUCUGACCAAUCUUGGUAGCAAGAGCUAUCACAUUCUCAGAGCUCUCUUGCAGCCGAGUAAACCAAUAGAUCAAACAUACACAGUAUGCAAAACUACGCUUACGUCACACUUCGUACCAAAGCCUACCGAAAUUGUUCAGCGCUAUAGGUUUUACACUUGUGUGCAAAAGCAAGAUGAGUCCAUACCGCAAUUUGUAGCAAAUUUGCGCCAAUUAAGCGAAGGCUGUAAUUUCAAAGAAUUAGAUAACAUGAUUAGGGACCGCUUAGUAGUGGGUUGCCGGGAUAUCGCAAUUCAACGCAAGCUGUUAAGUGAGUCGUCCCUAACCUUACAACAUGCACUUCAGACCGCCACAGCUAUGGAGGUAGCAGACAGAGAUGUUGAAAAGCUCAAAGUAUUAAGUAAAGGGACCGAGUCACCUACAGUUCAGAAGAUGCAGGACAGAAGCCAGCAUAAACCAUUUGUGUCCUCAUCGCGUAAAAAUACACAUCAAAGACAGAAGCAGGACAUGCAGGAAAAGCCUCAAAAGCCAAGCCAAAAGAAACAGGAAAAACCUGCCUCAAGAUGUUGGAGAUGUGGUUCAGGUGAUCAUGGCCAGUCAGCAUGUAGAUUUAAGGAUGAGAAAUGCUAUCAGUGUUCUCAAGUGGGUCACACCCGCAGCCAGUGUGAGAAGAUCAAGCAAUACAGAUCUAGAAAGAAAUAUGCAAACCACUUGAAUGGUGAGGAAGGUGCAGAACUGAUAGAAAACAUGCCUAGUGGAGAACUCAGACACCUUAGGGGUGGAAUGGUAAACAAGAUGGCAAAGUACAGUGAACCGUUCCAGACUAGCCUAAGCCUAAAUGGGAUCCAAGUUAACUUAGAAAUAGACACAGGAAGCCCCUGGACGAUGAUGUCGCAGCAGGAUUUUCAUAAACUGGGACAUCGAGCUGAUGUGAAGCAAGCAAAUGUUUCCUUGAAAACAUACACAGAGUCAUCAGUACCAAUCAUUGGUGAGGCAAUGGUAGAAGUCAAGUUUGAUGCCAGCCAACCACCAAAGAAGUUGACACUUCUUGUAGUUGAGAAAGGUGUUGCGUUACUGGGCCGAGACUGGAUGCAAGCCGCACCAGAAGGAAUCUACAGAUUCCUACAGAAUCGCCUCAACCUUCAAACACAUGUUUCCAACAAUCCAGAAACCAUGCAUAAGAUACAAGCUACCUUACAAGACAUGUUAGUGAAGCACAAGCAAGUGUUUGACUGUUCAAAAGUUGGUAAACUUGAAGGCUACCAGGCAAAGGUGCAUCCUCAAGAUGAUGGAGAUAAAGCCAGGUUCUACAAAGCUGCACCAGUCCCAUAUGCAAUGCGCCAGAAAAUUGACGAAGCCAUCGAUGAGCUACAGGACCAAGGCGUGAUUGAGCCGGUGAAGUUUGCUGAUUACGCAUGUCCUAUCGUAGUGGUGAAGAAACCAAAUGGUAAAGUCCGCAUAUGUGGCAACUAUAAGUUGACAGCAAAUAAAGUUCUAAGGGUGGAACGGUACCCAAUUCCGUCGCUCCAGGAUAUGCUCCAGGACUUAGGUGGAGGUCAACAGUUCAGCAAGCUUGACCUUUCACAUGCAUACCACCAGAUAGAACUUGAUGAACAAGCAAGGAAGUACACCACAGUAAAUACACACAGAGGACUUUUUCAGUACACUAGGUUACCCUUUGGUAUAGCCACAGCCCCUGCGCUCUUCCAAAGAGCAAUGGAGUCACUCUUAGCUGACAUACCAAUGUGUCGCCCGUAUCUAGAUGAUAUUAUAGUUAGCGGGAAGACAGAUGAAGAACACAUUGCCAACUUGCAAGCUGUACUGCAUUGCCUAGAGAGUAAUGGACUUCGACUGAAAAGGGAAAAGUGUGAGUUCAUGAUGGACUCGGUGGAGUUCCUUGGCCACAAGCUGGAUCAACAUGGAGUUAGCCCACUCCCGGACAAGAUAGAAGCCAUAAAGAAGACUCCAAGACCACAGAACCAGAGUCAACUACAGGCAUACCUAGGACUUCUGGGCUACUAUCGGAAGUUUAUACCAAAUUUGACCAAAGAGAUCGCCCCACUAAUAACACUGUUGAAGGCAGAGUAUGCUUCAGUGCCAAAGAAGCAGGGAGACCGGAACAAAGCAGAUCCAAACCUGAAGUGGGGAGGAGACCAAGAAAGAGCCUUCCAGAAGUCAAAGGAACUGGUUCAGAGUGACACAGUGUUGACACACUAUGACCCCAGUAAGCCUUUGUUGUUGCAAUGUGAUGCAAGCCCCUAUGGUCUAGGUGUAGUCCUCAGCCAUGUAGGAACAGACGGUCUAGAGCAGCCCAUUUCAUUUGCAUCACGCACGCUCACUAGAAGUGAAGCAAAUUACGCCCAAUAUGAAAAAGAAGGACUCUCUGUCAUUUUCGGUUUAAAGAAAUUUCACAAGUACCUGUACGGAAGACGAUUUACAAUCGUCACAGACCACAAGCCGCUGUUAGGCAUAUUCGGUGACACCAAACCUGCAAGCCCCAUGGCCUCUGCACGGUUAGCCAGGUGGCACAUGAUCCUCUCAGCCUACGACUAUGACAUCAUAUACAAGGAAGGUAAACAGCACCAGAAUGCAGACGCCCUUUCACGCCUACCCUUGGCAGAUGAUCAAACAGUGUGGUCGCAUCAGAGUCUUGCAGAGCUGGAUGAGCAGCCGCCAGUUCAAAUCAACAUGCUGGAUAUUGACACAAGACCAGUUGAAGCCGAUGAAGUCAGAAGAAUCACCAAAAGGGAUCCUGUUCUCGCAAGAGUAACAGCCUAUGUGAUGAAUGGAUGGCCAAACCCCAAAAGCGUUCCACCAGAGCUCAAAGCCUUUGCGCAGAAGAAGGAGGAACUCUCGAUUGAGGAUGACAUCAUAUUAUGGGGGCAUAGAGUGGUCAUUCCAGACAACAAGCAGAUGAGACAAAGAAUCCUUGAUGAACUUCAUGGGACUCAUCCAGGCAUAGUCAAGAUGAAAGCACUUGCACGAUCCUUUGUAUGGUGGCCAGGCAUCGACAAAAUGUUGGAAGAGAAGGUGAAGACCUGUACAACUUGUCAGGAGCACCAGCGAAGCCCACCACCUGCCCCUAUCCACCCAUGGGAGUUCCCAGAACGUCCCUGGAGUAGGAUCCACAUCGAUUACGCCUACAUCGAUAACCAGAACGUGCUGAUUGUUGUUGACGCAUACACCAAGUGGAUUGAAGCUAUUAGAGUAGCACACGCCACUGCAGCUGCUACAGUCACUGCCAUGCGACGCCUGUUUGCAACGUAUGGUAUUCCAGAAACAGUCGUAAGUGACAACGGCACCCAGUUUGUCUCUGAAGACUUUUCGAACUUCCUGUUCAACAACAAUGUAGAACAUGUGCAAACAGCCCCAAAACACCCUUCCAGCAAUGGCCUUGCGGAAAGGGCUGUGCAAACCUUGAAAAGUGGAGUUAAGAAAACCAGUGGAACAUCAUUGGAGAUGCGCAUCCAAGUAUUCCUAAUGACCUAUCGGAUAACUCCACAAGGAACUACCAUGAAAACACCAAGUGAACUAAUGUUCAAAAGGAGGAUCAGAAGUAGAAUGGAUCAUGUCCGUCCGAACCUGCACAAGUCGGUUCAGAAGCAGCAAUCUGCAAUGAAACAGGCGGCAGACAAGCGCUCAAAGAUGAGACAGUUCAAGUUGAAUGAUACUGUUCUGGUGAAGAACUUUGCAGCCGGACCAACUUGGCUCAGAGGAAUAGUAACCGAAACACUCAAUGAAGUCAUGUACGUGAUAGAGUUACAGGAUGGUAGAGAGGUACGCCGCCAUGUGGAUCACAUUAGACUUUACACUCUAUCGCAUGGAAAUGAUCAUGACAAGGAAGAAAUGCCUGAUCAGAACACCAAUCUACAACCAGAGAUUCUGAUUCAACAGACGCAGUAUCCAAGCCAGACAACAGAAAAUCCCAAUAUGGCACCUAGUACUAGCGAAUCCUUAAUUUCAAACACUGAACAGAGUAUCGCUGAUACUACAGCCAUGUCACAGCAGGUCCAAACAGAGUCACUAAGUGAUUCUGAUGGAGCUGUCAUGCCAAACAUGCCAAAUACUAAAGUCAUGUCAGAAAGACGAAUGUCCAACCGGAAGUCAAAGACACCCUCAAAGUUAAGAGAUUUCAUUGUAUAUCAUUAAAGCUAUACACGAUAGCAGCUUUAAAAAAAAAAAAAAAAGGAAAAAAGCUGUUAACAUGAUUGUAAAUAAUGUUGGAUAUACAGUUAGGAGAAACACUUAAAGCCACGUUAAAAGGCUUCUAGUUGGUAUUGAUACUAAUUUGUAAAGAAAAGGAAAGAGGUAUGUUAUAAAUUGGUAAUUCAAUUUGAUAGUUGAAUGAUUAAAAAAAAAAAAAAAAAAAAAAAUAGAGGGUGGAGAGAAGAAUGAAGUUCUAUAGGUAGAGAGAAAAAGUGUUACCUUUAAAUUUGAUAUGGAGGAAAAUAAUGACAAUCACAAGUGUUGUAAUCUUGAAAGUUUGUUUAUUGGAGAAAUAUGAAAAGCACAUAACUCGCAUUCAUAUAGUAAACUAGUCUGAGAUUUAGAUUUUAGCCGUUAUAUGAGUCGUGAAAAUUGUAUUUGGAGUCAUUCACGAGAUAUUAUUCAUUGAUGCAAACACAUUUAUGCAAACUUAUUGAUAAGGUUUAGUAUAUGAUACAGUCUUAAGGAUUACAUUAUUAUUAUAUCCUGAUUCAUGUGAUAAGAGUCACACAGUUUAUGCUAGUGAACAAUUAACAGAUAACCCAAUGAAGUAAAAUGCCACCUGUAGCUAUUUCUUUAUAAAGUGAGAUUUAGGAUGAAGUAUAUUCAAAGAGGUUAGUUUGAAAUAGCCAUGUAUGUUUAAUUGAUUAUGGUUAAUUGUUGAGUAUAAGCAAAGUAUUAUGGCGAAGUUUAGCCUAGCAUGCCUAGUUUAGUAUUACUGUUAUCUGGUUACAAGUUAUACAGUGUUACUUGUUGUAUCUAUUGUUAUACUGGGUAGUGAAUGUAUUACAUUAGCCAGUUGAAAUGAAGCAGGAUAUGCUCCCAAUUAAAAGGGGAGGAAUGUGAUGUAUGAACUGAAGACUAAUGACGCAAUCUUCAUGAGCAGCCUUGUACGCAUGCGCGACAGAGAGCAAGAUGGCGUAACAUUAAAUGGCAGACAC